CGCAGUGCAUUCAGGGACAGCAGAUACCAGAGAGAGGUCAGAGAAACACAGAUUGCCAAGAUGUCGGUCGUUUGUCUAUCGUCUUUGAGUCGCUGUAGUACGGUGGCAUUUCGUUCUUCCACUGGAAUGGUGGCGGUUCAUUACGCCCAGACAGCGGCGGCCACAGCACCCCAGCCCAGAGUCAAGAAGUUCCAGGUGUACCGCUGGGAUCCAGACACGGUGGGGGAUAAGCCCCGCAUGCAGACCUUUGAGAUUGAUCUCAACACCUGUGGCCCCAUGGUAUUGGACGCCCUCAUCAAGAUAAAGAAUGAGAUGGACGGCACUCUGACCUUCCGUCGCUCCUGCAGAGAGGGUAUCUGUGGAUCCUGUGCAAUGAACAUCAAUGGAGGCAACACACUGGCCUGUCUGAACAAGAUUGACACCAACACCAGCAAGGCUACCAAGAUCUACCCUCUGCCACACAUGUAUGUGGUCAAAGAUCUGGUCCCUGACAUGAGUAAUUUCUAUGCUCAGUACAAAUCAAUCGAGCCCUACCUGAAGAAGAAGGAUGAGACAAAUGAGGGAAAGGAACAGUACCAUCAGACUGUGGAGGACAGACAAAAACUGGACGGGCUGUAUGAAUGUAUUCUGUGUGCCUGCUGCAGCACCAGCUGCCCCAGCUACUGGUGGAAUGGAGACAAGUACCUGGGACCUGCUGUCCUUAUGCAAGCCUACCGUUGGAUGAUCGACUCAAGGGACGAGUUCACAGAGGAGCGUCUCUCCAAGCUGCAGGAUCCUUUCUCUCUCUACCGCUGUCACACCAUCAUGAACUGCACUAAAACCUGCCCCAAGGGCCUGAACCCAGGGAAGGCGAUUGCAGAGAUUAAGAAGAUGAUGGCCACUUACAAGGAGAAGAAAUCAGCUGUUGCUUGAACUCUGGGGUCAUGACCCUUGACCCCCCCCUCCCUUUACAUUAAUCUACAAUUAAGAUGCCCUACCAGUGAGGUCUACUGGGCCUGCACACUUGUGAACUUCACCAACUCCACACUCCAGCACUACAUCUCUCGAGUCGAUCAUCCAACAGUAGGUCUGGGGCGGCAGGGUAGCUAGUAACCGAAAGGUUGCAAGUUCAAAUCCCAGCGCUGACAAGGUACAAUUCUGUUCUGCCCCUGAACAAGACAGUUAACUCACUGUCAUUGAAAAUAAGAAUUUGUUCUGAACUGACCUAGUUAAAUAAAGGUAUAAUAAAAAAAUUGGACUCCAAUUGGAUGAUCGACUCGAGAGAUGUAGUGCUGGAGUGUGGAGUUGGUGAAGUUCACAAGUGUGCAGGCCCAGUAGGCCUCACUAAGGACUCCAAGGGAACAGUUGGGAGAGAUGUGAGACAUGACCUGCUAACUUCACUAGAAUGAUGGUUCAUUCCCAUUGGGUUUGAGUUCAGAGGGUGAUGGAUUCACAGACAAGAAAUAUCUGUUGCUCAUCCAUCAUAACUAUAUACAGUUGAAGUCGGAAGUUAAUACACCUUAUACAUUUAAACUCCGUUUUCACAAUUCCUGACAUUUAAUCCUAGUAAAAAUUCCCUGUCUUUGG